AUGUCGGCUCCCCCAAACGAUGGCUAUGCCCAGUCUCCGGGCCAGCAGAUGCAGCCCGAGCAGCCUGCGUCGGUCGGCAGCCCCCCUCCAGAUGCCGCCCACGCCCACGCCGCCGGAAAGAAGAAGAAGCGAGGCUACGCCGCCGGCGCCUUUGAGGUAGGGGCCGGCGCCAAUGCUGCCGUCGGCGGCCAAGUCCAAGGCGGAGCGCCGCAAUACGGAAUCCCCCCGGCUCAGCAGCAAGGUGCCGGCUAUAGCAGCUAUCCCCAACCCGAUGCUCAGCAGGCCGCGCCCCAGGGAUACCAGUAUCCCCAGGGCUAUGGAGCUCCGCAGCCUGGCGUUCAACCCCAGCAGGCAGGCUAUGGCGGUUAUCAGGCCCCCGACCAAGGCUAUCCGGCUCCUGCUGCCGGUGGCCAGCCCGGCGCUCCGGGUGUCGCCGGCAUCACUCAAGGAAUGGGCGGCAUGCAGCUCGGUGGCCAGCCCCAACAGCAGCAACCAGUUGCGCCCGCACCAGCAGCCCAGGCCGCCCGGGCUGGACCUCUCAACCAUCUGUAUCCCACCGAUCUGAUGAACCAGCCCUUCUCCGUUGCGGAACUGGACCUGCCCCCGCCGCCGAUUACGAGCGUUACGCCGUCGCCCGAUGCCAAUUGCCCGCCUCGAUACGUUCGCUCGACGCUCAACGCCGUACCGACGACCAAUUCGCUGCUCAAGAAAUCCAAGCUGCCGUUUGCGCUCGUUAUCCAACCGUACGGCGCGCUCCAUGACGAUGAGGACCCUGUUCCCAUUGUUCAGGAUCAGGUCAUCUCGCGUUGCCGCCGCUGCCGCACUUACAUCAACCCCUUCGUCACCUUCCUCGACCACGGCCACCGAUGGAGGUGCAACAUGUGCAACCUCAGCAACGACGUCCCCCAGGCCUUCGACUGGGAUGCGGCCGCGCAGCAGACUGUCGAUCGCUGGCAACGCCACGAGCUCAACCACUCCGUAGUCGAGUUCGUCGCACCCCAGGAAUACAUGGUCCGCCCACCCCAGCCCCUGGUCUACCUGUUCCUGUUCGAUGUGAGCUACGCCGCCGUUUCGAACGGUCUGUUGGCCACGAGUGCCCGGACGAUCCUCGACAGCCUCAACCGGAUACCCAAUGCGGACAGGCGUACACGUCUCGGGUUUUUGGCUGUCGAUACCAGCUUGCACUACUUCUCCAUCCCUAAGGACGAUGACGAGAAUGCCGAGACCAACAUGCUCGUCGUCAGUGAUUUGGAGGAGCCCUUCCUCCCCGUCCCGCACGACCUUUUGGUGCCCCUGACGGACAGCCGCCAGAGUAUCGAGAAGUUCCUGCAGAAGCUCCCCGACAUGUUCCAGAACAACCAGAGCAACGGCUCCUGCAUGGGCUCGGCUCUGCGUGCCGGACACAAGCUCAUCUCUGCCCUGGGCGGCAAGAUUGUCGUUCUCACUGCGUCCCUGCCGAACGUGGGUGCCGGAAAGCUAGAGAUGAGAGAGGACAAGAAGCUGCUGGGAACUUCCAAGGAGGGAGGCCUCUUGCAGACCGGCAACAGCUUUUACAAGAGCUUUGCCGUCGAGUGCUCCAAGAACCAGGUGUCCAUCGACAUGUUCUUGUUCUCCUCUCAAUACCAGGACGUGGCCUCACUGAGCAACCUGCCAAGAUACACUGGUGGCCAGACCUGGUUCUACCCUGGCUGGCACGCAUCUCGCCCCGAGGACGCGCUCAAGUUUGCCUCCGAGUUCAGUGACUACCUGUCCUCGGAGAUUGGCCUGGAGGCUGUGCUUCGUGUGCGAGCCACGACUGGCUUGCGCAUGAACACAUUCUACGGCAACUUCUUCAACCGCAGCUCGGAUCUGUGCGCAUUCCCGGCAUUCCCGCGCGACCAGUGCUAUGUGGUCGAGGUCGCCAUCGACGAAAACAUCACCAAGAACUUUGUCUGCCUACAGGCCGCUGUGCUUCACACGACAUGCAACGGCGAGCGACGAAUCAGGGUUCUUACGCUGGCCCUCCCGACUACGACCAACCUGUCCGAUGUGUAUGCGUCGGCGGAUCAGUGCGCCAUUACCACCUACUUCAGCCACAAGGCCGUCGAGAGGACGCUAGGCAGCGGUCUCGAGGCCGCCCGAGAUGCCCUCCAGGCCAAGCUCACCGAGCUCCUGCAGACCUUCAAGAAGGAGCUUGCAGGUGGCAGCAUGGGUGGCGGUGGUCUCCAGUUCCCGGCCAACCUGCGUGGCCUGCCUGUCUUGUUCCUGGGGUUGAUCAAGAAUGUCGGCUUGCGAAAGUCGACGCAGAUCCCUUCGGACAUUCGCUCUGCCGCUUUGUGCCUCCUGUCGACGCUGCCAGUUCCGCUCUUGAUGCGGUACAUCUACCCCCGGCUGUAUUCGUUGCAUGAUAUGCCCGACAACGCGGGCAUGCCUGACGAGGAGACGGGCCAGAUUGUUCUGCCUCCGGCCUUGAAUCUGUCGUCGGAGCGACUCGUGUCGUACGGCCUGUAUCUGAUUGACGACGGACAAACGCAAUUCCUCUGGGUCGGCCGCGACGCGGUGCCUCAGCUCAUUGCCGACGUGUUCGGCGUCGAGGAUCGCUCGCAGGUGCACGUCGGCAAGGGUAGGGUGCCGGAGCUGGAUAGCGACUUCAACGAGCGGGUGAGGGCUGUCGUGAACAAGAGCAAGGAUCACCGGUCACUGGGCGUGGGAAGCAUCACCGUGCCGCACCUCUACAUCGUGCGGGAAGACGGCGAGCCCAGCCUGAAACUAUGGGCGCAGACGCUUCUUGUGGAGGACCGGGCGGACCAGGGCGUCAGUGCAGCGCAGUGGCUGGGCGUCUUGAGAGAAAAGGUGGUGCAGUGA